AUCCUGCGCUGUGCAUCGCAGAGCAGCAGGUAAAAGUCUGGCUGCCUCCUGCACGCACACGCGCUCACACGCAUCCCUGCACGCCAGACGCACCUCUGCUGGGGGGCAGGCACCCCCGGGCGACUUCCCGUGCUCCUGCAUCUUCCUCCCCGCGGCUGAGCGUGGCUGGGAGCAUCCCCGUGCCCACCCCGGGGCUGCUCUGCCUCUCCUCGCCAUCUCCGGCUGCAGAGCUCGGGCACGGAGGAGGUCGGUGGGGUAGAGCCCUGCAGGUGGGCAAAGGCAGCGGAGAGGUGAGAGCUGAGCAUCCCCAGCGCUGCGUGGUCCGUCUGACUCCCUGGUGCAGAGCAUUCAGAGCAUCACAGAGUCCGGCGUGCCCUCCCGUCUACAGCUCCCCCGGUGCCCUCGGCAAUCCUCGGCGUCCAGCAGCGCUGUGCGGGUACAUCCCGGCACGGAGGGGAUUUGCAGGGACGAGCAGAUUCCUGGCUGUGAGUAACAGGGAGGAGAACCUUGCUACUGCUCAUCGGCUCCUGGAAAUGUCACUCUGCCCUGAUUGCCAGUGAAGAGAGAGAGUGGGGGAAGAGAGGGAGAGGAGAACAGAAAGGAGGACAGCCGGAGAGAUGGCACUCCUUCCUCUGGAGCUGGCUCUGGCGAUGAUCACCUAGCACAGGUGGAGAAGGUCCCCAGCUGCAGAGCCAGCCCCACUGCCCCACUCCUCAUGGAGGGCAAUUUGGGGUCCCCCAAUGCCAGCGUGCUGGGGGAGCGCUCGCUGCUGGUGGGGAGCAGCUGGGUGGCCGCCUUCCUCUGCUUCAUCAUCCUGCUGACCACAGCCGGGAACUUCCUCCUCAUCCUCCUCAUCGUCACCCAGCGCUCUCUCCGCAACACCUCCAACUAUUUCCUGGUGUCCCUCUUCAUGUCCGACCUGAUGGUGGGGCUGGUGGUCAUGCCCCCGGCCAUGCUCAACCAGCUCUACGGCCACUGGGUGCUGCGGGGAGAUUUCUGCUCCCUCUGGUACGCCUUCGACGUCAUGUGCUGCAGUGCCUCCAUCCUCAACCUCUGCGUCAUCAGCUUGGACCGCUACCUGCUCAUCAUCUCCCCUCUGAAAUACAAGCUGCGCAUGACAUCCUGCAGGGCCCUCUGGCUCAUCCUGGCCACCUGGACCUUGGCUGCGCUGGCCUCCUUCCUGCCCAUCAAGCUGGGCUGGCACAAGCUGGAAUUUGAGGUUUGGUCCCCAAAUGUCACCUCCCGGGGGGACGAGGAGCAGUGCCGGCUAGUGGUCAGCUUGCCCUACGCCCUGGUGGCCUCCUGCCUGACUUUCUUCCUCCCGUCUGCUGCCAUCUCCUUCACCUACUGCCGCAUCCUCCUGGCAGCUCGCAAACAAGCCGUGCAGGUGGCUUCCCUCGCCUCCAACGUGGCCACUGCCACCACCGAUGAGAGCGUGGAGCAGGUUCCCCAUGCCCCAAGUCAGCCUGCAGCUGGCAGCGAGAGCAGGAGGUUCGCCAACAAGCACAGCAAGAAGGCACUGAAGGCCAGCCUGACACUGGGCAUCCUGCUGGGCAUGUUCUUCGUGGCCUGGCUCCCCUUCUUUGUCACCAAUGUGACACAGGCAGUGUGUGACUGUGUCCCGGCUGGCUUCUUUGACGUGCUCACCUGGCUGGGAUAUUGCAACAGCACCAUGAACCCCAUCAUCUACCCACUCUUCAUGAGGGACUUCAAGAGAGCCAUGGGCAAAUACCUGCCCUGCUGCCGGCGCACUGGGGAGCCCCGGCCCAGUGCCAUCUCCCUCUCCAUGAAGAACUCCAACAGCGGGCCCCGUGCAGCCACAUCCCUCAAGAAUGUCCUCACCUUGCAAGCUGAGACUGACUCCGUUGUGUCUGAGGUGGUGGCAAACGAACACAGACUGCUGCCAGCUGCUGAAGGUGCCCUGCCAGCCCCCAGUGCUCACUUAGUCGGCCUUUUUGAGAUGGAAACCUCAGAGCUGGAGCUGCAGCGCCGGCAGCUCGGCACACCUGUGGCCUGAGUGCCAGCCUGGGUAUGUCUCCCAGCACUUCAGCCCAGGGGAGGUGCUCAGCUCGUACAGCCCAGCAGGUCGCCCCUAACUCACAUCAAGGGGAGAGAAACGGUGGGAAGCACAUCCCAUGACUCAUGGACAAGGCUUGGGGCUGCUCCAGUCCACAGCACAUCAUGUUUCCUGGGGGUUUAAUUUCUUCGCCUUAUCUGGGCUGUAUCUAUCAGCUUCCUGUGAAAGCGGUGACUUGCAGCACGCUGAAACCAUCCUAUUUAAUCAUGAGCAGUCUGCGCUAUGGGGGAUUAAAUUUGAUGCAAAAUGUUCAACUCUGCUUUUUGGAUAUUCCACACGGGCGUGGGUGUUCAGCUUGUUUGUGGCUCCACGGGUAUCCUGACAGUAGUAAGGAACAAAAUAAGCUUCCCUUUAGCUUUCAUCCUACAGCUUCCUAUUUCUGGCAUACAGCCAUCACACUUUGCUCUGACAAUCCAUCAGUUUGAAGAUGAUGCUGUUAGAAAAAAAUUUUUUUCUUCCAAUGCAGUCAGCGGGCACUUAAUAAACACCAGCAAAUUCUUUCAGCUAAUUCUUCCUCAAGUGCCUUUCAGAUCAGAGAUGAGUUGGUAGGCUGUUGCUGUGCACUUCUUGGACUGGUACCCCACCAGGAGGUUUUGGCUGCCCUCCUGAAGCCCACACUUACACAAGUGAACCCUAAGUGUCCCUCCAACACGGGAGGCUGGGAGAAGAAAACUGCAUGCCAGGCAAAGUCUCCUUCAUUUUCUUCCUGUGUUGCUGUGCUGCAUGUUCGACUGCAUGAGAAAUAAUCCGGAGCGGAGCCUGGUGCUAAAGAAGGAAACAAGCACAGCGUUGGACAAGGUGGAGAGGAAUAAGAAUGCAACAGACUGUCUGGGAAGGGCUGCUGGUUCUCUUGGUUUGCUGUGUUCUGAAACCCCUGUGGCCAUUACAAUCAACCUGAGCUAGUCAGUGCUUGGGGUAGAAGUGGCACUGAGUGACAUGACAUAAAGCGGUCAUAGGCAUGUGCUGAGGGCUGAUCUAGAUGAUCUUUGUGGUUGGAAUCUUACUGAACCAUCACCAGCAGAACAGCAAGCAAAAUUCCUUGCUAUUUCCAAGCAAUGAAGGCACCCUAGUGGGAAAAUUCAGCAAUUCCAAUUCUCAAAAGCCUGAUUCCAUGUGCUGUCCAAAGAGCUGAAUGCUUCUGCUGGGUGUGCUGGGAACUUCUACAUUGCAACGGACAAUAAAAUCUUUAAAGAGAAAUAAACAAUUGCUUGAUUCUUUGUCAGAACAAAGUGCAGGAGGAACAUCAAAACAAAAGGAAUGGAAAAGUGCUCUUGUAACCAAAGCAAACAAAUUUAUGCUUGUUAUAAGGAAAUGAAAACAGUGGGUUAUGUUUACCACUGUGCUAAGGUGACUUCUCCCCUCUUGUAACUGAUGUUGCUUUGACUCAUUGGAAGACACAACCCAAAUAUUUAUACCACCAAUUUGGUAUAAUUGGAUUAUAGACUGUAACAGUAUUCAUGUGGAUCUAUCAGUCAGCUGGAAGGAGCCAUCACUUCAGAAAGCAAUGGAAAGAUUUCCAAUUUAACAUCAAGAGUUUCCUCGUUUCGGCAUCAUCAGUGAACGAUUUACAGGAUUUCCUUCUGACAAAUGCAGUUUUAAGGGAAGAAAUUCAAAUGACUCUAUUUCUUCUUCCCAAAAAUCCUCAGUCAUGCAUACUGCCUCAAAACCCAUGCAGCCUUCUGCUUCCAUAUGGUGGCAAGGACUGACUGAUGGCAGGGCUCCCAAGCUAUGCCGGCUAUCAAUCAAAAUGCAGGCACCUUUGCCAAGCUGGCAGACUUGGAGUUUCUCCCACUUGUCAGAGUGCUGGGUGUACCCUUCUUGACAGAGGACAGGUUUUGCCAAAAUUUCCUGUUUUCCCCAGUGUUUUCUGGAAGCUUGUGGCAAAGACCUAGCAACCUCACACUGCUCAGCCAGAGGAAUGGUGCUGGAGUUGGAGUGCAUGCAAAAGCCAGUGGAAGAGUGGAUUCCCAUCAUGAUGACCAUCAGAACAUCAAGCAAACCUUGAGAGAGGCUGUGACUGGGUUGAGUUACCGCAGAAACAAAAUUCUCCAGUAUUCAUUCUUUGGAAAAAUUGUUCUCCUGAAGUGAGGACAGUGAACAUGACCAGUAAUUCAGAAGCUGGAAUUUAAAUGGAUUAAUAAAAAAUGUAGAUUUGACAUCUGCAACACGUUAUAUUUGUGGAAAACUUUGUGGAGCUGAAGUUAUUUUGAAAAGACUCUCAAUGUCUCUUGCAUUAUUCCUCUUUAAUGUUUCUAUUCCUGCUCUGAAUAACUGAUGGAAUAAGGAUUAGAGCAUGAUUCAGCCAGAGGUAAUAGGCUCCUAAGCCAUCCCUUUGCACAAUUGCAAUUCUUGUGAAUUGAAUAAUUCACCGACUCGACUGGUAAAAGUUCUGCUUUAAUUUCAGUGACACUUCUUGAGCAAGACAGUAAUUUUUACAUGCAAUCAUCUUUCAGCCACAACUCACUGAUCAAAUCAUUCUCACCGCUGUAACUGUGUGCUCAAGCCAGUUUCACACCAAGGCAGUAACUUUUACCCAUGGCUUUUUCCACCAAACUUUUGAUACGUUUUGUGGGAACACAUCGAUGUUAGCAGUUCUGAGUAAGCACUGUUUUUCUGUUUGGAGUUGUGCACUGCUGAGAAAUUCACAUAGCUUUCCUCUCAACCCACCUCUGCCAUCUCCAAGAACACUGUGUGAUGGGGAGCUUUAUCUAUGUGGUGUGUGAACACUCUGAGUCUUUCCAGCCAUACCACUAUCAGUAAACAUGCCACUUACUCUUACAGUGGCUGUAAUCAAAUACUUAUCUGUCUGUGCUAAGUCAAGUAGAAGGUAUUUAAAUUAGACGGUAUAAGGAAAAUCUUAAAGGCCUGGAAUACACCACGCAUAUAAUUAUAGCUGGGAAAUGGUUUGAACAUAAUCUCUUAGACCACAGAGGAAAAGAGAUGCCCCAAAAUAAAGGCUGGAUUAAUGUACUGAAGUGUCUGGAAGACCCAGAAAUCUGACAUCAUAAACUAUAGCAGUCCACCAGCAAUCCAACACUGAUCAAGUCAGGAUGAUGGAGAAGUUUUAGAAGAGCUGUUUCUGCAAAUGAGGACUCAGAGAUGAGAUUAACUCUCUAUAUCCAGAUGGUAAAACAGUGUCUGCCUGCAGCAGGGGAAGAGUCCUCCUCUGUGACUCUGACAAAGACCCAUCACCCUUAUUCUCUCCUUCUUCCUUCAGGAAUACAUAAGAUAUGGCAGCCAAACAUUACCAAAACAGACCAGAUUUUCAGCUCCAUGGAAUGAGAGUCGUUUUUACCAGCUGAGCCCUGGGUUGCAGAGCACGCUUCAGCAUUCUCUGAAGGGCAUCCGCAGCUCAUCCUCUUCCCUACUUACCUGCCUGUAACAGAGAUAACAUCUCUUACCAAAUCUCGGACCGGGAAAUCAAAUCAUGACUUAUGCUCAGUGGUACUAGAAAUAAGCAUGGACCUGGCUAGUUCCAAUGAGUUGGAAUGACUUCUUGCUGCACCAUUCACUAAACGACUUUUCCUGUAGCUCCUGUCCUGUGCCUCAUCUCAGACUGCUCAAAAAGACUCAUCAUUUAUGAGACUGGUGCUGAUCCCAAGCACUUAUGCUGGGGCAAUGGCUCACAUCUCCCUCUGCUCCCAUUUUAUUGAUGGAAAUGACUGUACGUACUGAAUGGAGGAAAUGAUAUGGUGGCUGCAGAGUGAUAAUAGCUUUCAAGAUAACGCCUGGGUUAUGAGGGCAUAACUCUCCUCCUUACAUCAACACCCACUUCUGCACUGCCAGAAAUCAAACUGCCCUCUCUCUUUUAAUGGGUCAUCAUUCAGUGAGAGCUGUGCUACUUCAGUGUCAUCCUCCCAGUGCAGAUUACAGCCUCUUGUCCUUACUGUUUCCUAUGCCAGACUGAAACUUUGGAUGGGUGGCUUCAAGACAUGGGUUCAACCACCAGCAGGAAGCUAAAUUCUCCUAAAUUCACCUGACUGUGCUUUGUGUAGCCACUCUUCCAGAAUCAAUCAAGAUUAAGCAGUACAUCUGUAAUGGAGCAAGGAGGGACACCACCCUUCAUCUGCCACAAAGGGAAAAUGAACUGCAAGUUAUUAAUGGCUCCAUGUGCACUUUUUUGGAGAAAGCCUUUCAGUUCCUUCCUCUGUUUCAAUACAUUAACAUUAUCGGUGCCCACUGCUUGAAUUCUAAAUACAUAUAUUUAACAUGUAUUUAAUAUAUGAUUUGAUUGUCAGAGCUCCCAAAUGUGUUCAGCAGCAAGAGGCACCACUGAAAACCAGGCCCUGACAAAUUCAGGAUUGCAGGGACACAUGAAGUGGAAGAAAUCAUCUCUGUGAGCUUUUAUAUCUCAGUGCACUUCAAAUAAUAGAGGAACAUACCCCUUACAGCUUAGCAAACAAGUAGACUUGUCUCCAGAAAGACUUGCACACUCCUCUGGGAAGAAAUCAUCAUCAACCUUGGCCACCAAAGAACUGUUCCAGGACCACCAACAACAGCACUUCCCUUCUGCUAGCUGACAAAGGGAUGAGAAGAAAAGAAACACAUCUUUGGGAUGCUGAACAGGUUGAGAAAAAAACUUUGUGAGACUAAAGAGGAGACACUAAGGAAUUCUCUCAGGGGAGACCAGUUCCCCGUAACACCGUGAAGAGGACUGGAUUUGUCUGCCUUCCUGUAUGUGAUGUGAGAGAAUGCUCUCCAGGAGCCACUGUCUGAAGCCAAGUUCUGCACCUCGCUGUUGCUCUUCUCAUCCUCUUCAUUCCUGUUACCAUGGGAGGUGGCACUGCUCAUUUGAAACAAGUGGAACAAGGGUGUAACGGGACAUGGGCAACCUUUUGCAUUUCCAACUCCCCUGUGUUCUUAAUUAAUCCACAUUUUGUAGACACAAUUAGUUCUUUGCUUCAAGUCUUGGGAGUACUAGAAAUUAAAAAAAACAUCAGUUUAAAGUAUUCUGGGGGAAACACUUAAAUCACAGAAGUGCCAAAUCAACUGGAUUUUGCAAAAUUCAGACUUGUCAUCUGCUUCUGGUAUUUCUGUACCUGGCUGGCUGAAGGCCAGACUGUUUGGAGUCUGUUUGCAUUCCCUCCUAAAGGGAACACUAAGCUCCUCUUCUGAGAGUGCUUUUGGAAGAGAGAUCAGUUAUUCCUGUUUUUCAUUUGCUGUCACAAAGACAACUUCCCCUGCGCUCAGUUCCCACAGCAAAGAAUGGGUAGAAAGCUUUUGAGAUGGCUCACAGGGAAGAAGCAAAGGUGUGCCAAGGUGAGAUACAGACUAUUCUAAAAAUGGGCUCUGCUGUUUUGCCUUCUGUCAUGCAGACAUGCUGCAAGAGAACAUGGCUGUGAGCACGUUUUGCUGCUACGUACUGUUACAGCAACUGCUCUAGAGAUAAAAAAAGUACUUAUGUCUGUGAGCUAUACAAAACACAGCUCCAUCCGGCCGUGUGCUUGAGCAAGGAGGGGUUUAAUCUCAGGUGGCGUUUCUAUGUGUUCCCUUUAUAGGAAUUUAUGAGCUCCAGCAUGAUUUGAGCAGUUGCCAUUCAGACACCAUGUCAAUGAAAAGAACAAAAAGGAGAAUUUAGCUGCCAACAUGCUCUCUAGCAGACUUGCAGCCAUGCAUUCCUAUUGCCCCAAGCUUGAGAGUUCAUCCCUGGUUUCUGCUGCAGUAGAACUGCAGAAGAACAGAUGCACCCAUUCCUGACUUGUGAGCUUCUGCAAAAAUGCUCUGCCUGCAUUUUGACUCUGAGCAGUGCUGCAGUAUUCAAAUGUUAAUGCAAAAUGUAAUCUACAAUAUCCCACUUGUAACAAACAGCAAUCAAUCUAAUACAUUACAGCUCAAUUA